GGGGACUGGAGGGAUGCUCUGAGCAUGUGCAGUGCGGCUCGGCGGCGGCUGCCUGGGCUGGAGACCGAGGCCCGGCGCUGAUGCCGACAGUCCACCCGGCCUCAGCCCCAGCGUGGUCCUCCGCUCGGGCCGCGGCGGCUGAGCCGGAGCCGUAGUCUCCCCGCGACCAAGCGAACCCGCGAGGCGGCGCACAGCCGCGCCGCCUCGGAGCUCACGAUGAUGGCGGAGCAGGUGAAAUGCGCCCCGGCGGGGGGCGGCUCCGGAGCGGGCUCCGGGCCGGUGGUGAACGCGGAGCUGGAGGUGAAGAAGCUGCAGGAGCUGGUGCGCAAGCUGGAGAAGCAGAACGAGCAGCUGCGGAGCCGGGCGGCCAGCGCGGCCGCCGCCCCGCACCUGCUGCUGCUGCCGCCGCAGCCUCCCGGCGUGCCGCCUCCCGCCGGGGCCUGCAGCCCGUUGGGUCCACGGAGCCCCCCGGCCGCCGCCGCCGCUGCCUCGGGGGGCCUGGGGCUCGGGCUGGCGCUGGGCGCCGGGGGCGGCGGCAGCAGCAGCAGCGGCAGCAGCGGUGGCUCCAGCCCCGCGUUCCCGGGGACCUACUGCUUGCCCAGCCCGGCGCCCUCGUUGCUGUGCAGCCUGGCGCAGCCCCCCGAGGCGCCCUUCGUCUACUUCAAGCCGGCGGCGGGAUUCUUCGGGGCGAGUAGUGGCGGCCCAGAGCCUGGGGGCGUGGGGACACCUCCGGGGGGAGCCGCCGCGCCGCCCUCGCCGUCCCCCACAUUGCUGGACGAGGUGGAGCCGCUGGACCUGGAGAGCAUAGCUGCCUGGCGGGACGAGGACGACUACACCUGGUUAUAUGUUGGCUCUUCAAAGGCAUUCACAUCAUCAGAGAAAUCGCUGAGCCCAUUGCAGUGGUGUAGACAUGUCCUAGACAACCCGACUCCGGAGAUGGAAGCAGCAAGGCGUUCCCUGUGCUUUAGACUGGAGCAAGCUAGCCGAUGGCGAAGUCUCUUCUCUUCAAAUAUCUCACUGGCUUUUCCUUAUAGUCCUGUUGCAAGACUGAGCCCCUAUAGCAAUGGCAUUAAUACUCCCAGCCUCUCUAAAACCUCAAAUAAAGCAAUACUAACACCUGAACGAACAGGUUACACCUCCAGGAGCUCCCCUCUCAGUCCCCAGUCAUCUGUAGAUAGUGAACUGAGUACGUCUGAAUUGGAGGAUGACUCUAUCUCCAUGGGGUAUAAGUUGCAGGACCUCACUGAUGUUCAGAUCAUGGCUCGUUUGCAAGAAGAAAGUCUCAGGCAAGAUUAUGCUUCUACUUCAGCAUCUGUGUCAAGACAUAGUUCCAGUGUGUCACUGAAUUCAGGGAAAAAAGGGACUGGUAGUGAUCAAGAAUAUGAUCGUUUCAGUCUGGAGGAUGAAGAAGAAUUUGAUCAUCUGCCACCACCUCAGCCUCGCCUUCCUAGAUGCUCACCUUUCCAAAGAGGAAUUCCCCACUCACAGACUUUCUCCAGUAUUCGGGAGUGUAGGAGAACCCCCAGUUCCCAGUAUUUUCCUUCAAAUAAUUAUCAGCAGCAACAGUAUUACUCACCUCAAGCCCAGGCACCAGAUCAGCAACCAAAUAGGACCAAUGGAGAUAAACUUCGAAGAAGUAUGCCUAAUCUAGCUCGAAUGCCAAGUACAACUACCGUUAGUACCCACAUUAGUUCUCCAGUCACUGUGCGAAACAGUCAGAGUUUUGACUCGAGCUUGCAUGGAGCUGGAAAUGGAAUCUCAAGAAUACAGUCUAGUAUUCCAUCACCAGGACAGCUUCAACACAGAAUCCACAGUGUGGGCCAUUUCCCAGUGUCUGUCCGACAGCCACUUAAAGCCACAGCUUAUGUGAGUCCAACCGUUCAAGGCAGCAGCAAUAUGCCUUUAUCCAAUGGCUUACAGCUGUAUUCCAACACAGGAAUCCCCACACCAAACAAAGCUGCAGCUUCUGGAAUAAUGGGUCGCAGUGCACUACCAAGACCUUCAUUGGCAAUAAACGGGAGUAACCUGCCUCGAAGCAAAAUUGCACAACCUGUUCGAAGUUUCCUUCAGCCUCCAAAGCCUCUGUCUUCACUCAGCACACUGAGGGAUGGAAACUGGAGAGAUGGUUGCUACUGAUGCACCCUUGGAAAAUGGGAAAGAAGUGGAAAUGAGGGUUGUGUUACCUAGCUGGCUGGGUAACAAUGGAUGUUGGGAUAUUCUUUCCUUUUGCAUUUUAACAUAUUUACUGCAUUGUUUUUCAAUGGACCGAUCACCAGAGACUAAUUAUUGCACUUAAAUAUUUGCCUGAGAUACUGCAAACUUCUCAAAUCCAUGGUUGCAGUAUUGUGACACUUAGAUCUAGAAAGAUUUUGUAGAACUGCUACGUACCUGGGAUACUUCUGAAAGAAUUGAGAUGUAUCAGUAAUGCUUUCUUUGCCAUAUGACUUAAAAAUUAACUUGUUCAGUUUACUUAUGUGUUCUAAACAUCUUCCCAUUACAUUUUCUGUAUUUUAAUACAUUGCAUAUUUACAGCUAGGUUCUUUGAAGUUUACUUUUUAUAGUUUACAGGAAUUUUAUUUUUUGUGCCUGUUUCUUUUUACACCUAUGUGAACCACAAUGGAACAACUUAAAUUUUGUGCCAUAAAAAUAUUUUUGUGGUAAGGUACUAUUUUUUUAGCUUUGGGGUUUAUCAGCAAAAAUCCACCACACAAAUUUGAAAGACAUAACUUUAUGUUGAAUGAGCACAAUGUAAUCUGACACCUUGCAAGAAGAUAGCCAGACAGCAGAUUUAAAUGGUCUUGUCUUUUUCACUGUUAAUUUAUUGUCAUACAUGGGUUUCAUAUUCAUAAUGACACCACAAGCUCAUUGCACUUAAUAGUUGCAAUGUUUGCUACUGUACCACAAUUGACUUUCAAUACUUUAUUACAGAGGAUGAAAGUGUAAUGUUUUAUUAACAGUGCUUCUGGAAAUGAAUGAAUUUUAAAGCAAAUAAAUCUUUUGAUAGACCUUUUACAAAACCCAAUUUGCACUAAUGAAUGCUUUCUUAUGGUAUAUGACUUAAUAUUUGUUACUGUGUACACUGCUGUUUUGGAAUGUUCAGAAAUAAAGACUAUUUCAGCAAUA